ACUGUUUAUUCAAAACCUUUCCUCCCUCCCUUCCUUCUUUACUCUUCGUCCUGCCUACAGCACCAGGGUCAAAUUCCAGUUCCUCCCUCCUCGGCUGCAGGGCGGCGAGCUGCAGGAGUGUCGGCGCUCAAAUGACUGGAUGUUCCAUGCGAGGAAAAGCCCAUCUGCAGCGAAGUGAAAGGAGGAAGCAGAGAAAGUGAUCUGAGCUGCCUCACAGCGUUGCUCCGCCCUCUUCAGUCUCUCCGUGUGGUAGUAAUUAAAUCAUGGGGACCGUCGACCUCAACGUGAACUCUGACCCGGUGGGGUCACGACCUCCCGCCCGGCGCCGGAGUCCCUUCAACAGCAUCAAGUUCUUCGUCCUUUGCCACAGUUUGCUGCAGUUGGCGCAGCUGCUGGUGUCGGGCUACAUGAAGAGCUCCAUCUCCACCAUCGAGAGACGUUACGGCUUCUCGAGCCAAAAGUCCGGUGUCCUGGCAGCUUUCAACGAGGUGGGGAACACGAUCCUCAUCAUCUUUGUGAGUUUCUUCGGCAGUCGAGUCCACCGGCCGCGGUUCAUCGGCAGCGGAGCGCUGCUGGCCUGCCUCGCCUCGCUGCUGAUUGCGAUGCCGCACUUCCUGAGCGACCCGUACGACUACGCCAACCGAGUCAGCUCAGCCUCCGGUCAGAACAGCUCCGGCCUCUGCCAAUCGAGUAGCUCCCUCAACGCCUCGUCCUCCAAUCAGAGCUGCAGCCGGCAGGAGAGCCCCUCCCAGGAGGGGGUGUACCCUCUGCUGCUGCUGGGUCAGCUGCUGCUGGGUAUCGGAGUCGUGCCCAUCCAACCCUUCGGCAUCUCCUACAUCGACGACCACGCCAGCCGGAGGAACUCGCCGCUCUACCUCGGAAUCCUCUUCGCUGUGACGACCAUCGGUCCGGCGCUCGGCUUCAUCACCGGCUCCUUGAUGCUGCGCUACUACGUGGACUUUGACAAGUUGUCCCCAGACGAGAUCGAGCUGGACUCCAAAGACCUGCGCUGGGUCGGAGCCUGGUGGCUCGGCUUCCUGGUGGCGUCGUGCCUCGUCUUCCUCACCGCGCUGCCCUACCUCUUCUUCCCUAGGAACAUGCCCCAAGAGGACGGCGCAGACGAUGUGGAGACCCGACCGGACAGUAAGCAUCAGGAGACAAACCAGCUGCAGGAACUCUCCCUCCCCCAGUUCCUCAAAAGCUUUCCUCGUAUCGCCCUGCGGACGCUGCGGAGUCCCGUCUACCUGCUGGUGGCUCUGGCGCAGGUCAACUUGGCGGCGCUGCUCUCCGGCCUCGCCACCUUCAUGGCCAAGUUCAUCGAGAGGCAGUUCAGCCAGACCGUCUCCUUCUCCACCAUGAUGAUAGGAGCAGUAGGUAUCCCCAUGGCGGUGCUUGGCACCAUCAUGGGUGGAAUUCUGAUGCGAAGGUUUUGUCUUUCGGUCAGCGGUGCCAGCAAGUUGUGCACCAUCGCCAUCCUGCUCUGCACCUUCUCUGCCAUGCCGCUUCUGCUUAUUGGCUGCCCCACGCAGAGGGUCGCCGGGGUCUUUCCUCCCGGCACUGAUGCGGUGUCGUGCACCUCCAGCUGUGGGUGUCCUCAGGACGCCUUCAACCCGGUCUGUGGUUCGGACGGGGUGGAGUUCAGGUCUCCCUGUCACGCCGGCUGUGGCGCCAUGGAGAUGGACACCAACGACAAAGUCACAAACUACACUGAGUGUCGGUGUGUCGGUGGUCUUGGCUCCGCCGCCCCUGGAACCUGCGGCAGUGGAUGUGCCCACCUCCUCCGCCCCUUCAUGGUUCUGCUGGGCAUCACCAGCUUCGUUGCCUCCUUAUCCCAGACACCGUCGUACAUGAUGAUACUCAGGACGGUGCCGGCAGAGGACAAGUCUUUCGCGGUGGGAGUUCAGUACAUGCUGUUCCGAGUGCUCGCGUUCAUGCCCGGCCCGGUGCUGUACGGCAGCGUCAUCGACACCACCUGCAUCCUGUGGGGCAAGAAGUGCGGCAAGCAGACGUCCUGCCUCUACUACAACCUGGACCACUUCAGACAGCGGUUUCUGGGUGUGCAGGUCUUCUUCGUGUGCGGCGGGCUGCUCUGCUUCCUGCUCACCAUCGUGGUCCUGCGUCGAGCGAGCCGGCGUCAGGAAGCGCAGCCGGACGGGAGGGCGGGCUACGCGCUGGUGACCGGGCAGAAAGCAGCCGAGGACGCUGCGUCGAAAGAAAAAGAACUGUUGGGCGUCAAGACCUGAAGACAGAAAACCAGAGGACGCAGAGGAAUAGUCUGAAGGACGGGACGGAGGAAGAGUUGAGGAGUUUUCAAAGUGAACGCUGCUGCUGUGUGUCGAGAGAGAGUUGGAUAUGAAGCGUCACCUGAUGGAAUGAAGCUUUGAUACUUUUGACAUUGUGUUUUCUUUAUUCCAGACAUGCCACAUGCUCAGUGAGUCACUGAUCUGAUUGUACAUAAGCUUACUCAUACAUAUAUUUUCACAUGAUUCGUCAUAUUCUACUUUUACAAAUGUGAAAUCCGAUGGCCACUGGAUGAUGCCUUCAAGUCACUGGGAAAACUAGUUUGACAUUUCUGAUUAAACCCACAAUUUCAGAUUUAAAGCUGCAGCACACAUAACUGUGAAAAGAAUCAUGUGACUCACCAUCAGCUACUUUCUUUCAUUAUCAUAUUAUAUUUUUUUAAGGAUAAUUAUAUCUAAAGGUAAGUUAAAAAAUGCAACAUUUGGUUGUUAAUUUUAAGAUUUGAUAUUAUCUUUGGAGUGAAUUUUUGUCAUUUUCUACACAAACUGUUUGAAAACUGCUCUUAUUAUGAAAAUCACACAUUUUAACGAAGAGACAAUGAAUGCAAAUAUUUUAAACAGGUCAAUCUUCAAAUUGGAUUCACAUUGUUAUUUUUGUAUAAAUAUACAUAAAUGAUUUUCAUAAAUA